CGUUCAGCGAAGUCGGAAGUACCAGUGAGUGAGUCCUCUUGCGUCACUUGUAUAUUCAUGACAACAGCAAUGGCUGCCUCCUGUUCGUUGGUGUGUUGUGGAGAGGAAAACGAUUCCGAUAAAGCUGUUAUUGUCCGCUUUACUAACGGAAUCAUCAACAAUGCAGACAAACUGGAUUUCUCGAUGUACAAAAACACUGAUGAUAGAAACCCCAGGAAAAGCAGCAGACGGAUAGUGGUUGCUGAGACAGAGAGACUGUCGUAUGUUGGAAAUAAUUUUCGAACAGGAUCCAUGAAAUGCAACAACCUUUGCAAAUAUUAUGUAGGAGUUUUGAACAAGCAGACUAUGCAGAUGGAAGUGCACAGUGCUCAGCUGUUCAACAUGCAACCUGUUAUACCAGGAGAGGAGACGGUGACUGCUACUGCCCAGGACAUGACUCAGACUUACAGAGACAAGGUUGACUCUUUAAUUGAGGCGUUUGGCACCAAUAAACAGAAGAGAGCCCUAAGCUCUCGCAGGCUAAAUCAGGUGGGCAGUGAUACACUGCAUCAAGCUGUGGCUAAAGCUGCCACUAGUGUGAUUGAACAGAAAGGCCUGGAAGUUUUACAACAAGAACUUGCUGAGUCACAGGAAGACCUAGCACUCCACUUACCUCCCUGCAAUGCAGGUGCUGACGAACCUGAGGACGUCUACCCAUUUGAUGACCUCCUGAGUCCAGUAGAGUUUGAAGCUUUAGAAGAGGCUGGUUCCAAGAUGGCAGCACUUACCUCAGAGGAGCUGCUGAAGAUGAGAGAAGAAGGAGGGUGCCUGAGUGUUUUGAAGUUCCUGGGGAACCUGCCGUCUGCGAGUGAAGCCAGAGAUAAAACAGUGCGCUGUGCCUUUUAUCUCUCUAUGCUCCUCAAUCUGGCACACCAAAGAAGCAUCAACCGCAAGUUUGGCCAGGAGGAAGGCUGCCCUCGCAUCGUUCAGAACAAACUGCUCAGAACAUUCACAGUGGAGUCUUUCAAAAAUGGAAGGGUCCAGAACAUGGUGUCUUCAUCAAUGCGGGUCAAACUAGCAGCUUUCUCUCUUGCCCUGCUGCUUCAUAUGGGUCAUAUGACUGCUGACCUCACAUUACUGCACCGUGACCUGGGAAUCACUGAGGCCAGGAUGAUUGAUAUAGCAAAGUCGAUGGGUCUGACGCUGUCAAGGCAUGCCCGGGGGAAGGGGGAUGACGCUGGGCAGAGUGAGGAAAACAGACAGGCCUUCCUGGUUGUACCUCUGGUCAAACAGGAUAAGUUCGUUGAGACACGGAAACGCAAGAAAAUGAGAUGAAGAUAAAGAUAAGGCCAGGCUCAGUGGUGGAAAUACAACAAAUAAGAAUUGUUUAUUAAAGCAUUUUGUAGACAAAUAAA